AUGCUAGCACCUACAUCAAUGGAUGAUCUAAGUUCACCAGCACCUAUUCUGGACGAACAGUCUGAAAAGGUUUCCGUUCCCAGUGAGAAUACAGAAAAGAUUUCCACCCCCCACGCCCCAAAACAACCUAUAUUAGAUGAAUACCCUGCAAGAAAAUUCGGCAAUGAGACAUUUGUGCGAAGAUUUCAAUCUGAAUGGUACAAGAAGUAUCCGUGGAUUAGUUACGAAGUGGAUAAGGAUGCAUGCAUGUGUUUUGCCUGCGUAGAAUGUGGGAAGGAUACUUCAUUUGUGUUUAGGAAUUGGAAGAAGUCAGCAAAGCUAGCAAAACAUGGCAAGAGCGAGAACCAUGUUAGAUCCAUGACAAGAUGGCUCAAUUCAAAGUAAUGCAGAGAAACAAAACUUCCAUACUACAGCAGCUGAAUACUGCACAUCAGGACCAGGUUGCUAGUAACAGACAAUACUUAAAAGUAAUCAUACAAUCCUUGAUGUAAACUGCACAACAGAAUGUUGCGAUUAGAGGUCAUGAAGAGAACCGGAAUGAUAUAUGGGAGGUAUCUGAUAUAAAUCGAGGGAACUUUCUCGAGUUACUUUGCAUAAGAUGCAACGAUUUACCUUGGCUGAGGUCUAAACUGCAAAGCCAGCUCCAGUUACAUGCUCAGUGGACAUCACCUGUUAUUCAAAAUGAACUACUGGAAAUAGUAGCAAACGUCAUGCUUGAGAGGAUAGCAGCAGAAGCGAGAAGUAGCGACUAUUAUGGAAUAGUUGUCGACGAAACGGCAGAUAUCAGUCGAACAGAGCAGGUAUCUCUUUUCCUUAGAUAUGUUUUCAACGGCGAAACCAAAGAGACAUUUACUGGUUUCUAUUCAACCAAAUCCACGGAAGGGGAAGUAUUAUAUGAGCUAGUAAAGACAGCCAUUAGCAAGCUGGAAUUGAGGUUGGAAGACAUAGUUGCAGAAUGUUUUGAUGGCGCUGCAAAUAUGAGUGGAGCUC